AUGUCGAGCGAUACGUCAUUGGUCCGUGACGUCUCACGUCAAUGCGGCAAAUUUAAAAUCCAUUUGAAGCCGGAAGUGGACAGACCUGAUCAGGAGCCGCGACAGGAGAGAAGCACAGUGUCCUUCUUACCAGGAGUUGGAGGGUGGCAGAUGGAUGAGAAUGAAGAUAAUUUUGCGACUACCAGCUGUCGACUGGGAUGCAGGAAGGUGAUGUCUAUCAUGUGGGACAUUGAUUCCUCCAUGUCCUUCUCCCCGGAAGCCCAGAUGUCACUCAACAUGAGCAACCUGAGCUCCAGUGGUGGUGACACCCCCAAACGCUGCCUGGACCUGUCGAAUCUGAGUAAUGGAGGUGAGAUGUCUGUAUCCCCAGAGAAUAUACAGAAGGAUUUGUGUCUCGCCUCGCCUCGGACAAAGGAACCACAGGCAGGAGAAUGUAAGUGCCCUGUGGGAAGAAUCCACCAGUUUCUGCCGCAGGUUCCCUGUAGUAGUUCAUCACUCCGGGGGUCUGGCUCCAGGACCCAGGCCAGAGAGUGUAUAGAUUUCAACAGCCUGGGUGACGACAAGGAAAAUUUUGAUUUUGAGAUGCAUGAAGUCGCUCAUCCUACUUCAAUAGAGUCUUGGUGCCUGGAUAACUCCAUGAACGAUGACGUGGAGAAGGAUGGGUUUUCUGAGUUGAUGCAGAAUGAAGCCAAGAGCAAUGACAGCAAGAUAAUGUCCUCCAGCAUGGCAAUGCUUCUCAACAGUGAUUUCCUGAAUCAGGAGGCAAACGUUAGUGUGGUACCAGUGCGCAGGAGUAAGCCUGGCCUGUUUCGUUCACCCUCUAUGCCUGAGCAACUGAACCAGCGUUUACUGAAGAGGGUGGACCGAUCUCGAGAUUUGGACAUUGCAGUGAAGAAUAAGAGACAAAGAAACUCCCUACAGGGUGAUGACCCCAAGCAGUGUGAGGGUACCUCAGUGAGACUGACCACAACCAGCUGUACUGCCAACACCACAGACUUUGAUGAGGAAACUGACAUCGAUCAGAUGGAAAAUGGUUCCAAGAGGUACCUGCUGCCCACAGUGAAUGGAAGACAGGAGGAUCUGAUGUAUAUCACCCCAGCCACGAUGGCUGCUGUACUGCGUGGUGAAUAUAAUGAUGUUGUGUCGAGAACUUAUAUCAUCGACUGUCGCUAUCCUUACGAGUAUGAAGGAGGGCAUAUCGAGGGUUCUCUGAACCUUCACAAGGCAGACAGUGUAAUCAACUACUUCUUAAAGGAGCCCAUUGUUCCCGUAUUCAGAGACCAGCGCAUCAUUCUCAUCUUCCACUGUGAAUUUUCUUACGUUCGAGGACCAAAGAUGUGUCGCUUGCUGAGAGAAGAGGACCGGAAUGUGAACAAAUACCCCAAACUCCACUACCCAGAGCUCUACAUCCUGAAGGGAGGAUACAAAGCUUUCUUUCUUCAGUUCAUGAGAUACUGCAACCCUCCUGAGUACUGUCCCAUGGACCAUGAAGACUAUCAAGAGGAGAUGUUGAAGUUGCGGAAGAAGAGCAAGUCCUGGGCAGGAGAGCGGCGGAGACGGGACUUGAUCUCAAGAUUGGGAAUGGCUAAAUGCUGCAGAUCAUCCAGAACUCUGCGGCCCUUGUCCUCUCCUGCACCAGAUUCUGCGACCUUAUCAACCCCAACCUCGUCCGGCUAAACUGGCUCCCCAUCACUCAGAGGAUGCAGUUCAAGAUCUUGGUCCUCGCC